GGCUUGGGCCCCGCCCAUCGGGUUUAUCCGGUGACCGUCCGGUUUUCCGCUGGGAGCCGCUUCCUCUCUGCCGUGGCUCGUUCUCUCAGCGCGAUGGCCCCGUUCUCCUCCGCCUCGGUGCUGCUUUUCCUCACCCUCGGCGUGGCCGUCCUGGCCGAGCCGGUUCACUUUUUGGACUGCGGCUCUACUGCUGGACAAGUUAAGGAGGUAGCAGUGUUUCCCUGCUCAGUUCAGCCCUGCAGAUUGCAAAAAGGAGUAUCCUAUGUUGUCAAUGUCACCUUCGUCAGUAAUGUCUGGUCUCAGAACACCACAGCUUCAGUGCAUGGCAUUAUAUUGGGAGUCCCAGUACCUUUCCCUAUCCCUCAGCCUGAUGGGUGUAAGAGCGGUAUAAACUGUCCCAUUGAAAAAGGCAAGACCUAUAACUAUUUGAACAAACUACCAGUGAAGAGUGAAUAUCCCAAUAUCAAGUUGGUGGUGCAGUGGGAACUUUUGGAUGACAAGUCAAAUAUCGUGUUUUGCUGGAAGAUCCCCAUAGAAAUUGUUUAAGCUGAUGAGCUACACUCUGUCAGUGUACACUUUCAGGAUGAGAGGGGUUAAGGGUGGGAAGUUGGGUUAUUGGGAAAGGAUGAAACCUGAAACAAGCUCAGUGCCAUAAGAAGGAUUUCCAGUGUGCUGCUCUACACAUCCAGACUCUGCCCACUGCAAGAUCAAGAACUUUGCAGCUACGCCACAUGAGCCCAGAGAGGGCAAGUUUGGACUGUCCUCGGCCUUCUCUGCAGUUGGCAUGGGGAGGCCGGAGAGGAGUCUAAUCUUAGGGAAGACUGUUUGGAGACAUCCAGGAAGUUGGCAUUGGGUCAAGGGACUUCAUUCCAAACUGGUAAUGCUGGGUGGGAUAUUAAAUCUCUUCAGUUUUUCAAUCUAAGUGCCUUGUUGUGAGUAACAUUCUGGUCUAACAUCUUUUGCACUACACCCUGACCCCGUUCCUACGUCUGUCAGUGCGUGAGUGUCAUCUGCCUCCUUCUACCAAAGACCUCAGUUGCCAGGAGCUUCACACGGAUGAGUGGCUAUUGGUCUUGGUUGGUGUCACAAUGCUUCUGCUUUAAUUCUGCCUUACAUGGCUUUUACUGAACAAAUGGAUAAUUUUUUUAUUUUUUAUUUUUUUUGGUACUACUUUGUGAUGAAUACACCACAGUACAUAUCAGCUAAAUCUUUUUUUUUCUCAUUAACUUGCAAACUUUAAUGUGCCUGGAAAUACCUUUGAAUAAAGUCUUUAUGAAUCAUU